AACCCCGUCUUCCAGCACUCCCAUGACCGGUCCGUUCGACAACAGUCCGGGGUGAAAAAAUCGCUCAGGGAUGUCGCUAUCCGAACGUUCGGGACGGUCUGACGUCUCUGUCUCUUUUUUAUCCGGUCAACACCACCUCAAGCCUCUUACCUGGCACCGGGGUCUCCUUGAAGGAAUUCUCCGAUGAACACGCGCGUGCAGCGGGAGCUCCUCUACUCUCCAUCCUGAUCCUUCGACACCCUCAUCCAUAACCAUCACCACGCCUGAGGACAUUGUAUUCACGCAUAUCGUGCAGGCGCGCAUCAUCGAUUAUGGACCUCCCGACGAGGACCCUGCGCGAUCCCUCCAACAUGUCCUCGUCGACGUACACUUCAAUGGAAGACAAAUGGUCCUACAUCGAGACCUCUGAAUCAACGAUAUUCUCCCCGCAACGAACGUUCCAAAUUUCAGAUCGGCUACUACGCUCUUUGCUAAGAGGGGAUGGACGGGGUGUUCCAGAAAACGAGCUGCAGGAGCCCAACUACGCGUGGCCCAGGUCAACAGAAUCGACCGGUCCCCUGGCAUAAUCUCAAACGGACUGCCAUGCAACUCGCUUUCUCUCGAAGACGAUGGCAAUCUCAAGAUUUUGAUGGCACGAUCUGAACGCUCGCUCUGCAUCCCCCCGGGGCGCAAUCUCAUCCAUCGCCAUAUCGGCUUCGCUGCAGCCAAUUACUAUUCAGGAGAUCAUGAGACAUGCGCGGACCGGGCCACCAUCGCCGUGCUAGAGCAAGAAGUGGAGCCGGCGAUUACGGGCGCGAAUGUAUAUUCCCUGGUUCGCAUGCACGUGCCUCACAGACUGUGCAGGGUAGGGACACUGUUUCUCCACACAGCUUCACUCCCAAUGGCGUCCGUCCCUAGAAACAUUGAUCUGCGGUUUACUCUGAUGCACAAGAGAGUUGCGAAUGUAUAUACAUCAAUCUGUACGGUCCUACCAUGCCAAUUCUAUGGGGGAACAUUUCGUGCUUGGUCAGUGGGAUCAAAUAACCAGAAGACCGCGUUCUCCUCCUCUAUCUUCGUGAAACUGGCGUCCGAACUCAUUUCCGAUAUAUGCGCCCACAACGCGAGCCACUGACAAUCAUCUUGCGGUUGUGGGAACAAGGCUACGAUCGUAAUGUGCUCUUCCCAUGCGAAUCAUCUUAUUGUGACUGUUCUAGGUAUGCGUUAGUCACAUAGAUUCUCCAGCGCCUAUCUUCCUCUCGAUCAUCUUCCCUGUCCACCGUUUGGCAUGCCAGCCAUUGCUCGCCCCGUGUUUGUCUUCGAUCUGGGCUGACAGCACGCACGGUACCGCUCUCCUGAAAAGCAACUCGCCUGGAUCUUGUCUCGCUGGAGCGCUUGGGCCGUCAUGCUCUCAAUGAGCUCGGGAGUUCGUCAAUGAGAGCUUGAGACCAGCUGACGGCUGGUGCGGGGCCACUCUUGCGAAGCGCGAACCGCACCUGGAGCCCGCACGGGAACGAUCACUCCUGUUACAGGCAGUCAGCCCGGCGGGUCUCUGGCCUCGGACAUUGGCGCAGCUCUCACAGGAUCCCGACCCCGAAGUGCUAGUUUGACAGGCACGCGAGUUUGGCGCUGCGAUGCUGCGGGUCUAAUUCCAUUCCGAGCCUUGCACUCUGAUUGCAUCAGGUUCUGCCUCUGAUGAACGUCACAGCAUUCCCACAGUCUUCUUGCCUUCCACACCCAUGACGGAGACUCAGUCCCUCUUGUCCGCGUCGCCCACCCUUCCGGGCACCGCUCCGGACGACGUUUGGAAGAGGUUGCUCGACGAUGCCAUCACGGCAUACGAGGAGAAGACUGGGAAGAAGCUGGAUGAGCUGCCGUUUGCUCACGACGUGGAGAACUGCACGACGCUGGACGAUUUCUUCGUAGCUUUGGACAAGCACCAGAAAGCCUUCGGCGACUUCCGUUCUCAAGGCGAGAGGAUUCGGGCCAUCCUGAAUCCCAUCGUAUCGCUCACGCAGGCCGUGAUCGACCCUGCGGCCGAGGCGGCGGCUACUUUUGUUCCGGGAGGGAAAGGGAUCUUUGUCGUUGUUGCGGCGUUUCUUCAGGCCUCCAAGAGAGUCAGCGCCAAUUACGACGCCCUGGAGCUGGUUCUGCUCCGGUUCCAGCCGUGUCUCAUCCGUCUGGAGAUGUAUCUCGGUCUGGAUUCUUUCGAUCAGCGUCGUGCCCUGCGCGAUGUGUUCUUGAAGAUCCUCGUUCUCAUGAUCAAGAUCUUCGGUCUGCUCACAACGGAACUGAAAUCGAUCCAUAAACUCAAGCGGGGCCGGUGCUGGGUAAGGCAGAAGCGGAUCAAGGAUUGGGUGGGCCAGCUGCUGCAGGCCGGUGAUACGAGAGAUGCUCUUAAUGAGCUCGACGAGCUUACCAAGCAGGAAGGGCUUGCGGCUGUGAUCGAAAGCGUAAGAGCGGCAGAAAGGGCACAAAUAGUGGCAGAACAGGCCCGAUCGGCGGCACUGGCUGCAAAGGUCACUGCGCUGGAGGCUCGAUUCGCUGCCGAAGGCGCUCAGAUUGCAGCUAAUAGCGCUGAAGACGCUGCUGAGGGUGCUAAAGUCGCUGCAUUGGGCGCACUAGUCUCUGCGGGGGGCGCUGAAGUCGCCGCUGAGGGAGCUCAAGGCGCCGCUGAGGGUGCACAGUUUGCUGCCGUUGGCGCCGAGGUGGCUGCCGAGGGCGCUCAAUCUGCUGCUAUCGGGGCUAAAGUCGCUGCCGAGGGCGCUCAAUCUGCUGCUGUAGGGGCUAAAGUCGCUGCCGAGGGUGCUCGAUCUGCUGCUACGGGCGCUGCGCUUGCCGCCUCGGGUGCCGAAGAAGUGGGAAAGCGGACCGAGUCGCUUGCCAGGAUUGUUCAUAACAACAUAGUCGGCGACCACAUCAAGACGUGGCUGAAACUGUACGACACGGGCAUUCGUUUGGACAAUCUACGCAAUGACAAGCAUGAGGGGACCUGUGAAUGGUUUUUCGACAAGAAAUUUCGCGAGUGGCUUCAGACGCCGAACGGAUUGUACUGGGUGCAUGGCAAACCGGGUGCUGGGAAGAGUGUAUCGAUGUCCGCCUUGGUCGACCGUCUGAAGCAAGACAAUCACAUCUUUGCCUUCUUUUUCGUCACGUACCGUGAUGUACAGUCGCAGACCAUGCACAACAUCCAGUCGUCACUGGUCUAUCAGCUCGCCACCAAAAUGGAAUCGUGCUACAAGAUAUUGGAAGUGGCAUACAACAACCGAGGCGCGAGUCUUUCAGCGGAGCAGGGGACGGUGUCUGAAUGUCUGAUGGAGAUGCUGAAGACCUCGCAGCAGCGCGUGAUUCUCGUGAUCGAUGGACUGGACGAGUACCCGAAUCCUGAACGCAUGAAAAGCCUGUUACCCUUCUUGGAAGAGCUGCAUAGACGCAAGACCCCCAACCUGCGGCUUUUGUUGGCAAGCCGACCAGAGCACGACAUUGAAUCUUGUCUCAAGCCACUUGCCACGCACUUGCUUGACCUUCAAGACAAAAAGGAGAUUCGUGAAGACGACAUUGCGAGCUUUGUCCAUGCUCAGGUCGAGAAACAUUGCUCACGCUGGUCCAUCGCCACUCGGGAGAAGGCAGAGAAGGCAUUGAAUGAGAAGGCCGAUGGGAUGUUUUUGUGGGUUUCACUGCAGAUCGACCGUCUCCUUGAAUGUGAUCCCGAUGUGAUCGAAGAGGAGCUGGCAAACCUGCCUUCGGAUGUCAAAGGGACGUAUGAUCGGAUCAUGGAUCGACUUCGGGCCAAUAGGUCGUCUUUCCAUCGCUCCCGACGUCUUCUUGAUUCUGUGGCUGUUCACGAGAACACCUUGGAUGAGUCAUUAGCGGCGGCUAUUGCUAUGGUUGACCUUGACUGGGUUGACACGGACGGAAUGCCACAGCCACCUGAUCCGUUUGAUGCGCACGAUGUGAUCCGUCGGCGCGGCUCCUCAUUUCUUCAGAUUGACAAAAACUCGGAGGUUCGAUUUGUGCAUUUUACAGCCAAGGAGUAUGUGGUCGGACUUGCGAACUUCGACGAGAACAAGGCCAGAGCCACUCUUUUCACGGCAUACACCACCGCGUUGUUGCUGAAACUCGUUGAUCCGAGGGACAGGUGGGAUUGGCAGGACUUGACGGGCCGCGUGCGCGAGGCGGAUGUGGAGCGUUUGGUGUCCCGCCUUUUUGAUCCGCCGGAUGCGCUGUGGCCACAAAUACAGGAUGCACUCGAAUUGUCUUUUGCAGGCUCAAAGACAGCAAUUGAAUACGAAGCCGAGACGGGGCGGUCAUCUGCCGGGUUUGCUGCGGUGUUCGACAGCCGCUUAAAUUGGGCGAUAAAAUGCCAUUUCCCCAAGAAGGCCGCGGCGCUGCUUUUGGAGAUGGGCGACGAGAAAAGCCAUUCUCGGCCUGGGCAGGUUCUCAUCCGCGCCGUCAGAGAAGCCCUCACACAGGAGGAUCCCACAGAAUACUACGUGCAGAAGAACUCAUGGGCUGGCUGGUAUUCCGGUGUUUUGCACUUCACCGUCAAGGCCGGAGAGAAGAUCGGGAUUGUCGGUCGGACGGGGGCAGGCAAGACCUCUCCGUUGCAGUGCUGGUUCCGCGUAGUCAGGCUGCAGUCUGGUGAGGUCGACAUUGAUGGAAGGAGUAUUCCAGGGAACCCACAGAACUCGAGAACGGACGCAGAAAUGCUCUCUGUGCUGCAGCGCGCAUGGCUACUGCCGCGACCUGGUGAACUGUCUGACCCCACAGUCGAAGUCAAACUCAGUCUGAACUCUACCAUUGGCGACGAGGGAUCCAACUACAGCCCUAGCGAGGAGCAGCUACUGGCUCCCUGUCGAGUGUUGGUGAAAAACGGCCUAGUCAUUAUUCUGGACGAGGCGCCGAGCAUUGUCAAUGUCAAGACAGAUCCCAAGCUGCAGCGGACAAUCAAGAGAUCGUUUGCGAGAUUGCCGUUGCUGUGUAUAGCACACUGGCUCAAUAAGAUUGGUGCGCUGUGA